UCUUUUAAUAAGCAUAGCAAACAUUUUUCUUAGUAUGCGUGUAUAUAUGAUCAAACAUUUAUGGUUGAUGGACUUUGGUUUACAGAACCUAACCUAAAGGCUAAAAACUAGCUUUCAGUGGUAAAAGUUAGUUAAGGUGAAUUGAGCUUCAAAUGUCAAAACAAAACCAACUUCCAUGAAUUACUUUACUAGCCUCCUCUAUCCUCUAUAUAUAUCAUUCACACAAGGAAUCAUAAAAACCUCAUGACCAUUUGGUCUUGAAUAGAGAAAAAAGAUUCAGCUUGCCAAAACCACUAAACAGAACAAAAUGGAUCCCAAAUCAUUCCUAAUCUCAGCUCUAAUCUUCUCUCUACUUUCAAAUUCUCCAGUACUGAUGAGUCUUGCUCAAAUCAACACUCCAUGUUCACCAACCAUGCUCUCUAGCGUUACAGGGUGCAUGAGUUUUCUAACGGGAGGUGCUACUUCUACGACUUCGGAUUGUUGUAGGGCUCUUAAAACGUUAACCGGAACCAGUAUGGACUGUUUGUGUAUGAUUGUGACCGCAAACGUGCCACUCGAUCUUCCUAUUAACCGAACUCUAGCCAUCUCUCUUCCUCGUGCAUGUGGUGUCCCCGUUCAAUGCAAAGCUUCUUCAGCACUCCUUUAUUCUCCAGGCCCUGCGUCUGUCGGUCCAACCACUUCUCCUCCUACGGAAACCCAAAAUCCUGAAGGCUCUGCUUCUUUCGGUCCGGCCACUUCUCCGACAAGUUCGAUGGAUCCUGAUGGCAUGCCUGAUGACACGGAUUUUUCCGGACCGCGCAACGGAGGUGACCCGAGGGAGCCACCAAAGACUUCAGCGUCGUCGCCUUCCUCUUCACUCUCUCUCAAGCUUUCGCUUCUUCUAUUUGCUAUGUUUGCCUUUGAGUUUAUCAGUUUCUUCUAAUUCGUAAAAUAAGAUGUUCUUUACUUUCCUCUUUAUAUGAUUCUGGUUUUAGUCAGUCCCUUCUAAAUCUCUAUUUUAAAGCGCUUUCUGUAAAAAAAAAUUUCUAUAUGGGACAACGCGUUAUAUUGUUGGCUAUGAACUUGUAUUUAAAUGCAAGAUUGGUUAUUAGUUUAUCUA